UCUCUCUGUGUGUAAAUGUAUGCUUGAAUUAACCCUCACUAUAGAAGGCAACUGGGUUGGUGAGGUUGGCUAAUAGCAGAAGAGGUGCUGUAUGCAAGCCUCAUCUGCUUCAGUUCCUGCAUCCCACGAUGUGGCAGGAAAGAACUGACUGAAGAGUUCUCAGACCACACCCCUGCGCUCCUGCAUGCAUUCAGAAAGAGAAGACCACAGACAGCGGCCACAUGCCCAGGGUCAGCUGUCAUCUGCUCCUUUGACUAUUUUUAUGAUAUAAGUGGUUUGCCCACAUGUGUAUAUGUGUGCACUCUGUGUGUGCUUGAUCCCUACAGAGGCCAGAAGAAGGUGUGGAGCCUUCAGAACUAGAGUUAAAGACAGCUGAUGUGUGGGUGCCCAGAACAACCCAGGUCCUCUGGGCCAGAAGCUGUGUCAUCUCUCCAGGUCCAUGGCUUUUGGGUUUUGCCAUCUUUUUUAGUAACUCUUACAGUCUCCUCUCCUUGAGGACAGAAUUUUAGGGGAAAGAGAUGCCCUGUGCACUUGAGAAAGAAGCACAGUAGUUCACCAUACUCUGCUCGGCUGUGGAGUAUGAUGCAGUCUCAUGUGGUUGACUGACUCGCGUGGUUGACUGAGUUCUGAUUCACACCCUCUUCUCAGCUCCCAGCACCCGGGAGGCAGGGGCAGGCGGAUCUCUCUGAAUUUGAGGCCAGCCUGCUCUACAAAGCAAGUUCCAGGACAGGCUCCAAAGCGACACAGAGAAACCCUGUCUCACAAACAAAAAAAGGAAGCAAAACGUAAGCAAGUAACAGAAAUGGGCUUAGAAUUGAAAGGUUCUUGGAACAUUAGGGGAAAGGGUAUGGAGAAGUCACCGUCAGACACGGAACUCACAUGAGCGCGUGUGGAGAGCAGACGUCCCUUUCCUGCUGCAGUUACAGCACAUGGUUAGCGAGGCAGAACCCUGGGUUCUCUGGAACUUGGAGGGGGUAAGGUGCUGCAGUGUUGGGUAGGCCUUCCCCAUUAGCCAGUGCCGACCUGCUCAGUGUAAACACUCAGAGGAGCAGCUCUGGCGGAUGGGGGAUGGGAGGAGGCAGGGUCCAGCCCUGCCCAGACCUCCUGGUUCCAAUUUCUGCCUGUCAGCUGUGCUCUCAGCUGUCCACUGUCCUCCAGCCCUGUCAUUUCAGCUCGGCCACCACGGCGAGAGGCUAGGAGGCCUACCAGUAUUGGCUGUGAGUCCAGAAGGUGCUGGGGGCUUAGCCCUGGCGGAAGAGGACUAGCUCUCCCCCAGCACCACCAUCAAGAUCUUAGGGACCCUCUUUCCACACUGACCUGACUUAGGGAGUCUAAAGUAAGUCGUCUCUUCAUCUUUUUGUUCCGAGUCUGUUCGGCUUCCCCCUUGCUCUUGUAAUCUGUGAGUAGUUUGAAUUUUCAAAGUGUAAUUGUUCUACUUCAAGAUGAGUCAAGAUUGGAGGAGGGGUAGGGUGUGGUGGGGUCCAGAGGAUGGAGCAGUAAGGGAAGGAAAGGCUCAUAUUACUCUGAAAACCAAAAUAGCAGAGACCCGAGGCAGCCAGGACAGAACUAGGCACCAGGCCCCCAAGGCUCCUAGAGGUAGGGAGAGCGUAUCUCCGGACACGCCUUCGGACGUAUAGGAGCAAGGAUGCAGCUCAAACCUCCUGAAGCCAGGAGAAGCUGUGUAUUGCAUCAACCACAAGUGUGUGUAGGACAUUGGUUCUCAACAUAUAAGCGGUCGCAUGCCCGAUCUCCUGCAUCUCAGGCAUUACGAUUUAUAACUAGCAAGAUUACAGUUAUGAAGUGCAGUGAAAUGAUUCUAUGGUUGGGGUAUUAAAGUGUCACAGCACUGGGAAGAUUGAGAACCACUGCUGUAGGGGAGCGCCGAAGCCAACAGCCUUGAGCGGCGUAUUGGAUUUGUGGACUGGGGCUGCUCCUUGCCAUGGGAAGGUAGGUGUCAGUCUAAGGACCUGGAACUACGUGGGAAGUCUUCCGCCUCUGGACAUUUUUUUCAGGACCUCCAUAGGAUCUGUUCACAAGUUCUACCAAAAGCUCCCCUUGGGUCUGCCCCACUGUUGCACAGCAGGAAUACAGGAAUAGAACAGGCAGUUGGGUUAGAUCUCAUAGUGGGCUCCAACCUCUUGCAGGAUGACAGAAAAGGAGGUACUGGAGUCCCCUAAGCCCCCCUUCCCAGCAGAAACUCCACAAAGUGGGCUACAACGACUGAAGCAGAUAUUCAAGAAGGGCUCUCCAGAGACAACUGAGAUGGAGCCUCCCCCAGAGCCCCAGGCCAAUGGAGAGGCAGUGGGAGCUGGGGGCGGGCCCAUCUACUAUAUCUAUGAGGAAGAAGAGGAAGAGGAGGAGGAGGAGGAACCACCCCCAGAACCUCCUAAGCUUGUCAAUGACAAGCCCCACAAAUUCAAAGAUCACUUCUUCAAGAAACCCAAGUUCUGUGAUGUCUGUGCCCGGAUGAUUGUGCUCAAUAACAAAUUUGGGCUCCGCUGUAAGAACUGCAAAACCAACAUCCAUGAACAUUGCCAGUCCUACGUGGAGAUGCAGAGAUGCUUCGGCAAGAUCCCUCCUGGUUUCCAUCGUGCCUAUAGCUCCCCACUCUACAGCGACCAACAGUACGCUUGUGUCAAAGAUCUCUCUGCUGCCAAUCGCAAUGACCCCGUGUUUGAAACCCUGCGCAUCGGGGUGAUCAUGGCAAACAAGGAACGGAAGAAGGGACAGGCAGAUAAGAAAAAUCCUCUAGCAGCCAUGAUGGAGGAGGAGCCAGAGUCAGCCAGGCCAGAGGAAGGCAAGUCCCAGGAUGGAAACAAUGCAGAAAGGGACAAGAAGGCUGAGAAGAAAACACCGGAUGACAAACACAAGCAGCCCGGCUUCCAGCAGUCUCAUUACUUUGUGGCUCUCUAUCGGUUCAAAGCCUUGGAGAAAGAUGAUCUGGAUUUCCCGCCAGGGGAGAAGAUCACAGUUAUUGACGACUCUAACGAGGAGUGGUGGCGGGGGAAAAUCGGAGAGAAGGUCGGAUUCUUCCCGCCAAACUUCAUCAUUCGGGUCCGGGCUGGAGAACGCGUGCACCGCGUAACCAGAUCCUUUGUGGGGAACCGCGAGAUUGGGCAGAUCACUCUGAAGAAAGACCAGAUCGUAGUGCAGAAAGGAGAUGAAGUUGGCGGCUACGUCAAGGUCUACACCGGCCGCAAGGUGGGGCUGUUCCCCGCCGACUUUCUGGAGGAGAUUUAGGUGAACUGGUGCCUGCUGGCGGGAGACACCUAGGCCUGGCUCUGGGCGGGGCCCAGUGCGGGCUGGGAGGGGAGAGGCAACUGGACUACUGAAUGAGGAGGGGUGGAAAGGCCCACCGAGCAUGACGAUGUUUCUGGGAAGGGUCUGUCUCCCACUUCUCCCCCUGCCCAGGGUUUCGGAUACCCGGUGCACUGGAUAGCCGGCACCAAUAAGACCCACCUUCAAGAGCUGGGGGGCGGGGUGCAUAUCCAUAAAGAGGCGCCAAGGGGUUGAACUGUCAA